AUGGCGCGCAGCAGGUUUCUGGCAGGCCUGGCGCUGGCCACCCUUCUCUCCCACGUGAGCCCCUUCCAGGAAUUCGUGGAGGAAUUUGAGGACAAAGUGGUUUUGAAUUGCACCGGCAUCAUCACCCGGCUAGAGGGAACGAUGGGGAUCGAGUUACAGGACAAUCACAGUCUGGACUUGGGAAAACGCGUCCUGGACCCGCGGGGAGUGUACCUGUGCAAUGAGACGAAGGAAGAAGGCACCACCAUAUACACCCUGCAAGUAUAUUAUCGAAUGUGCCAGAACUGCGUGGAGCUGGACCCCACCACCCUGGCCGGCAUCAUCGUCACUGAUGUCAUCGCCACCCUGCUCCUUGCUUUGGGAGUCUACUGCUUUGCUGGACACGAGACUGGAAGGCUGCCCAGGGCUGCUGACACUCAGGCUCUACUGAGGAACGACCAGCUCUACCAGCCCCUCAGAGACCGGAACGAUGCUCAGUACAGUCACCUUGGUGAGAGCUGGCCUCGGAGCAGGUGAACCUGAGACUGACGGAGCACCAGCUGCCGACGGUCCCUUCUCUUCCUG